AAAAAAAAACAUUUCAUUACACUGACAUUUAAGCUCCAUUGGGCGGGUUUUUGCUGCUCGGUUGCUCCUCGCGGCGAUGUGCACGCUCCGCGAGUCGAAAACGCGGCACUCUCAAAAGUUAAGGCGACCGCCAACCUCCCGACAUGCUGUUCUACACGCAACUCUUCACGUCCAAGCGGGGGCCCCUAGCCAAAAUCUGGUUAGCAGCGCACUGGGAAAGGAAACUCACCAAGGCCCACGUAUUCGAAUGCAAUUUGGAAACAACCAUCAGGGACAUCAUUUCUCCAAAGAUGAAAAUCGGUCUGCGGACAUCUGGUCAUCUGCUCCUCGGUGUGGUCAGGAUCUACUCCAGAAAAGCGAAGUAUCUCCUCGCGGACUGCAACGAUGCCCUGCUUAAAAUUAAAAUGGCAUUCAGGCCAGGUCAGACAGAUAUGCCUGUGGAGGGGCUCGAGGCGACAUUAAAAGCAAUAACCUUGAUCGAAGAUUUUACUGCUUUUGAUGCCCAGCUGCCACCCCUAAGUAACAUAGAUGUCGUGGACCACUUUUCAUUGAACCAGAGUCGAUCAGAGGAAAUCACUCUGAAAGAGGAUUUUGGAAAUGGCUUUCUGAACUUGGCAGACAUCGGAGGUGAGUCCCAGGGCCACCAGAGUGUGCUGCUGGAUAUGAGCUUCCAUAGCCUGGCUCAACAUGGAGACACUUUUGGAGAUGAGGAUAAGGGAUUCGACUUACUUGACUUUCUGACAAACUCCAGUGAUCAUGCUGAGUCCACUGACUUCAUCCCAGAAGCGUCUCAAAAUGAAAAUCCAGAGAAGUCUACGCUCGGUUAUCAACGAGACACCAUAUGUUUUCCAGAUGCUGACAGAAGAGAUCCGGUGGAGGUAGAGACCCCUAGACUGAAUGAGACCACGUUGCUUGCUAAUGACGAGGAGGCCUUUGCCCUUGAACCUGUGGCCAUCACUCCAAACUCGGAGAAGAAGGGAAAGAGGAAACGCAAGUUGGUUGUAGACCAGACUAAAGAGCUGACCAACGAAUCUAUCAGAGAGCAGCUUUCUGACUAUUCAGAUCUGGUUGCCCCUUUGGACAUGGCCCCACCGACCUUGCAGCUCAUGCAGUGGAAGGAGAGCGGCGGUGCAGACAAACUUUUUGCACAGCCAUGUUCCACUGUAGUAAGUCAACAGAUAAAGGAGCUCUUUGCCAAGAGUAUUUUCCAGGUGAAAUAUUCUAGAGUUUGCGGGGAGGUUGAGGAGAUGCGCCAGGAUUCAAGCAUUCAGGAGGACAUAAGUGCCCUGACCACAGACAUCAGUGUCGUCGAUUCAUCAAUCGAUACUGAAAAAACACACAACACUGAGCUGACAGUUCUUGAUCAAAUGAACAAAAACCAGAGUGAAAAUUACUCAGAGCUCGCACAAGAUGAAGACAGGUGGGACUUCACUCAUGCAGAACUUCCAUCGGAAGACUCCAUGUUUGUCCACGCUUCUCGCACGGAGCAGGAGACUCAGUCAACUUCCCUCCACACCCAGUCUACGCUGAACAGCCAGGAGUUUGAGGAGAGGAGGAUAACCAGGCGAGCACAGAAUAUUCUGAACACUCUAAAAUGUCAGAGCCAGAGCAACAGUAACACCACGUUCAGCCUGGAGGCACUCUGUGAAGGGAGCACUCGCUCCCAGACUGCAACCACUUUCUUCUGUCUGCUUGUCCUGAAAAAACAGCAAGCCCUCCACCUGCACCAGAGCGCCCCCUAUGAGGACAUCUUUGCCACACCUGGACCCAAGUUCUACAAUUAGCAAAACAGAAAUCGGCUUUCCAGAAAAUUACAGCUUGGGUUCAUAAAUGAGUUGAGUUGGUCCUGGUUCUACUGGAUCUGACUCACAACAGUAGCAAAGGGUAAGCAGGUAUCUGCAGGUCUUAAAGUCUUAAAAACCAUUCAAUUCAGUUUCCUCAAAAAAAAGACCCUAAAAGAUAUUAAAAAGUCUUACAUUUCACUUACAAAAGUCACAACUAUUUCUCUCAUUAGCUGUUUUGUUUCCCCAUCAGUCCAAAACUCAAAGAUAUUUCAUUUACUAUCAUAUAUGACCCGAAAAAGCAUCUAAUAUUUACAUUUUGUAGCUAAAAUCCAGAAAAUGCUUUUAGUUUUUGCUUGAAAAUGGCUUAAACGAUUAAUCGAAUAUCAAACCAGUUGCCAAUUUUCUUUCGCUUAAUCAACUUAUUGUUGCAGCUCUAAAAAGAAUUAAAUAUAUUUUAAUUAGUUCCUCCAUCCAUCCAUUCUGCUGCUUAUCCGGGUCCAGGUUGCAUUCAUUUAAUUAAGUAUAUCUUGAAAAAAGGUAUUAUAAUAAUAAAUAACUAUAGUCCACCUCGUCCCUGCUGGUUUUCCAUCCUACUUUCAUACUGUAGCCGGUAUGAUGGUGAAAUAGGUAUUAACAUCAUUCUAUGUAGAAUUAAAAAGUCUCAAAUUUAACUUGGUGAACCAGCAAAAUCCCUGUGUAUGUUUGUGUGUUUUAAAGUUGUACAUAUUCUUUGUGCUUGUUCUUGGCACUUUUUGGUUUGAGAGAAAUGGGGAGGUUAUCAAUGAAAGAACUCUGAAACUAAAAAUCUAAAACUCUUUUUUUCAAACUGUUUGUAUUAGGUCUCUACAUCGUACAGUACCUGACAGCAGCUAUGGGUUCCACAACUCAAAACAUUUUAAGUGGUAAUCUCAAAGAUCCUUUGAAUUUAUUUAUUUUUUUAUAGCUAUUUCAUAUCGGCAACAUCUCAUGUUAUGCUGCUAUUCUUGAGGUCUUUUAGGGCUGCGCUUUCCUGCAGGUUCAGAAGUUUUCUACAUCUGUUCUUUUUCUAUUUAUUCCAAACUAUUGUUCCUCACUAAGUAAAACUUGUUACUUCAAUCACAGAAUCUCAAGGACCGCCUCCUGUAUGUAAGACCUGUAAUGCACCACUUGUCACUUGAAUCCCUGUUGUGUUUUAUCUGAGAGAGAAAAAAAAAGCUGAAUUUGACAGUUAAAUUUAAGUUAAUGUUGAAAAUAAUUGCUUUAAAGUGCAGGUAUUUUUUGAAAUUGUCAGCUAAAGGCCAUUUGUUCUUCAUUCUUUAACACAUCUUUUUAAAAAGCAUCUAUUUAACAUCGUUCUCUGUUUCUGCGAGUAAAAUAAAUAUUUGGUAUCUAUAUGAAACACAAAUAUGACUGAAUAUGUACUAUAUUUGAAUACAUUUUAAUGUUUUACAAACAGAAUUUUUAUUUUACUGAGAUGUGGGGACAUGUAGUUCAAUUCAUAUACCGGUCAUUCAAAUGGCCAGUAUUUUUAGUCAUUUUUUUCUAGCAGCUUUAAUCUAGAAAAUUGAGUAACCCCCCUCCAUAGCAACAAAUGGGGUGAUUAAUGUUAAAUUAUACAGUGAUAAUAGACUCGUGAAGUUUACAGUUAUUUAUUAGGCUACAGAUUAUCAGAAUUUGUGUGUCAUUCACUUUAUACUUUUCUCAUUGCAGGCCUGACAUCUCACAUUAGGGGACAUGUAAAUCACGGGUCGAUACAUGAUAGUGAGGGGACCACUAAUACAUACCAUAUGCUCACAGGGCGUAGGGAUGACUGUAUAAAACUGGAAUUGAGUGACACUUCCCAUUUCCCACUUGUUCUCGGAGUUCAUUAUGUAAAAAGUGUAGAGAAUUCAGAGUUUAAGUCAUUCUGAAAUUGCAAAUAUAUU